AUGGCCUGCUGCGCUACCAGCUUCUGUGGGUUUCCCAGCUGCUCCACCAGUGGCAACUGUGGCUCUAGCUGCUGCCAGCCAAGCUGCUGCCAGCCCAGCUGCUCCCAGUCCAGCUGCUGCCAGCCCAGCUGCUCCCAGUCCAGCUGCUGCCAGCCAAGCUGCUGCCAGUCUAGCUGCUGCCAGCCAAGCUGCUGUGGAACCAGCUGUGGUAUUGGAGGUGGCAUCAGCUGUGGCCAGGAGGGAGGCUCUGGAGCCAUGAGCUGCCGCGUCAGAUGGUGCCGCCCAGACUGCCGCGUGGAGGGCACCUGCCUGCCACCCUGCUGCGUGGUGAGCUCCACACCCCCCACCUGCUGCCAGCUGCACCAUGCCCAGGCCUCCUGCUGCCGCCCAUCCUACUGUGGACAGUCCUGCUGCCGCCCAGCCUGCUGCUGCCACUGCUGUCAGCCCUCCUGCUGUGAGCCCACAUGUUAA